ACAAGCUCGUUUGCUGUAAAACAUGAUAUAUCAUUGUGAAAACUUGUGGUGGGUCUAAAAUAUUCUUGACCAACCUUCUCUUCUCUAAAGGAACAGAGAAUAUCAAUUUCAUUGUUACUAGUGUGACCAAAAUGGGUUUAAGACUAUUAACAAAAGUUGCACCUGAUUGGAUAUCAUCAAAGAACAAAUGCCUGUUCACAUAAUGAUUCAUGUAAGCAAGCAAAACAAUCACCAAUUGCAUAGCAGAAUGGUUGUUUUAUUAUAGGUAUGGCGUUUGACCUAAGGAAUUGGUUGAAUGUUGUUGAGUUUCUCUUCUGGGCAAGCCCUGGUUGAUUCGGACGUUUUGCAGAAAUGGCACAAAAAUCAGGAUAAUUAAUAAAAAACUUUUGUUUAUCACGUUAGCGUAUCUAGGUAACUGCUUUUUCUGCGGAAAAGCGGAAAAGCAAUUGAUGGAAAAUCUCCCUGGUUGCCACCUCAAAAUUUCCAGUGGUUUUUGAGAUUGAUUGGCGAACGUCCACAAUCGUUUUUGAUUGAUAGAGUUGAUAAUGGUGGUGAUCAUGGAAUGUGAAAAAAAUAGUUCAGACGAGGAUGAAAAUUGUGUGAGGAAGAGGAGCAUUGUGGAAAUUUAUGGCAGCUGCAAGCCAGUUACUGUGUCCAAUGGUGGUCAGAAACGGGGGAGGAGGAGGAAGAAUUAUGAGCGUAUUGUCUGUAAGAAAUGUGGAGAAGGGUAUGGAAAGGGAAGGCUUCUCUUACUCUGUGAUGGAUGUGAUAGUGGGUAUCAUAUGUAUUGUCUCUGCCCCAUUCUUGUGAGGAUUCCCAAAGGGAAAUGGUUCUGUCCAGCUUGUUCCAGGAAAGAUGGCAUUAGAGAAUUUCCCUUGGUGCAGAAGAAAAUUAUUGACUUUUUUAGAAUUCAGCGGCCUCUUAAAAUUUUUUCAGAAACAAAACGGAGACGCAGGCACAAUCUUUGUAUGUACAAAAAAAAGCAAAAGUUAAUUCCUCACGUGCCUUCAAAAGAUCCAGAACAGAGACUCCGGCAAAUGGCUUCUCUUGCAACUGCACUUACAAGCACAGGAGUUGAUUUCUGUGAUGAACUCACCUACAUUCCUAGUCUUGCACCUCGUUCAGCCAAUCGUGUGGAGUUUGAAGGGGCUGGCAUGCAGGUUAUGGGAAAAGAAGAUAAAGCGACUUUGGAAUUGUGCAAACUCAUGUGUGCUAGAGGAGAAUGGCCUCCUCUUAUGGUCAGUUAUGAUCCCAAACAAGGGUUUGUUGUUGAAGCUGAUGCCCACAUCAAAGAUAUGACUCUGAUUGCUGAGUAUACAGGGGAUGUAGAUUACAUGAUGAAUCGGGAGCAUGAUGAAAGUGAUAGUCUCAUGGGUCUACUCUUCUCAAAAGAUCCUUCAAAAGAACUUGUUAUCUGUCCUGACAAGCGUGGUAAUAUUGCAAGAUUUGUCUCUGGAAUAAACAACCACACAAGGGAAGGAAGGAAAAAGCAAAACUUGAGAUGUGUGAGAUUCAACAUUGAUGGUGAGGCACGAGCUCUGCUUGUUGCAUUUAGAGAUAUACCUAAAGGUGAACGGUUGUAUUAUGACUACAAUGCUUUUCGGCAUGAAUAUCCUACUGAACAUUUUGUAUGAAUAGAAGCUUAAGUAUAUUUUUAUGGUUAAAUUUCAGUAAUCGCUAAUGCAAUUGGUCAAUUUAUUUUCUCUCAAUAAAGGUGGCUUGCUGUUCAUUGGGUUGUAGCCUGGUGGCAAGAUAGGGAACUCCUUGUAGUGAGGACCCAAGUAAGGAGCUAAGUGUUUGUACCUUCUUUUGUAAGUAGAAAUAUUACUAGAGGCAACUAUAGGCUCUUAUGUACCCGCAGAAUGAACAGUAGCUUGGCUUCCUAAUAUUUCAUCAAGAGAAUAUACAACUACUCUCAAACAACGAAAAAUGAUAAUAAUCCCCAGAACAUAAUUACAGAUUUUUUUGCUAGAAAUCAUAAAGAGGAAGCAAACAAAGAAUGCUUGGGUAACGUGAUCUCCCUCUCCACAUACUAAGAGAAAAGGAGCCAAAUAUGAUGUGUUUUUGUUCUUGUAAACGCUAUCUGUUUAUGGCAAAUAAUUCCCAUUAAAGUAAUUGAAGUUACUUCCAUAUA